AUGCCUACACCGGAGGUUAGUCAUAUGGGCGCACAAACCGAGAGUUCCAGAAAAGAUGCCGGCACGGAUCACACGGAUCCGGAAGAUGCGCUGCACAGCUUGCUGACCGCUGCUCGUCCGAUUAGCGAGCUGGAAGAGAAAAUCGAGAAACCGCUCUGUAUCGAUGACAGCGCACAAACGACCCCGGUUACACAAAGAAAUUCUCUGUACAACAGUGUUGUGAACGUGUUCACGGAACUAAGUCAUGGCACCGUGCAUGGCUGGAUGAGCACCGCUGCUGCACAAAGCAAUUCACUGCCGAGGAAAGAGAAGCUGUCUUCCCCGACUCGUAACAAUUUUAAAUGUCAUACAGUUGGAAAUUUUAUGCGCCAAAUUAAACGUAGAUCUUCAGUUGGACCCCUUUCUCUCCGUAGGAGUCAAUGUUUCAGAGCUGGACUCAAACCGCAUCGCAGAUCGAUGCAUAGAUCUAAUUCCAUUAUUUCCAGCAUAUGUGGUAUGGUAGCGAGUGAUACCGAUGCAACUCAAUCCAGUUCAGACGACCUCAUUGUUGAGGUACCCAUCUCACCAAGACCCACAGUGAAAGCUGGACUUCAUCCCGUGGUAAGGACACCGACCGAGUCGGCUAGACACUUUAUUCAUCAUAGCCAUGCAGAAGAUCUUCGCCUCGAUUUAUCGGAAAUCGAAACCUGCCGGGAAGAUGAGACAUCUUCCCAGACUGAACCGGUACCGAGCUCACGAUCGUUGGGCAGUAUGGAUGAAUCCAAUAGUCAGCUUGCAAGUGCAGAAUCGGGGGCAGAUCCGACUUUGUGUUCGGUAAAUGAUGAGCUGGACUCAUCACAAAAUUCCGCACUGAUUACUCAUGAAUGCACGCCAGAGCAAUAUUCUUCACAGUGCUUCAAUGGUGGCACAUAUAACGAUGACAGACUGGCACAGGCGUCACAUUUUGACUCCGUAGGAAGUGUCGAUCUGCAGCCUCACACCGAACGUGAUAACCAGUUGUCAGGCGAGGGCAAGAUCUGUGUGGCAAAGAAAAAUCAAUGUUUGGCUCCCAAAUCCGCUCGUGUUCUCAACGGAGCACGUGGUGUGGUGAAUGGAGAGAAGUCCGAUUUGGAUGUAUUAUGGGAACCACUUCAUCUUUCUCAGGAUAUAUCUGGAUCACAUUCGCACAGAGAUCAUGAGACUGUCUCGGAUAAGACAAAUUUGUCCAAAAUUGCCGGUAAAAAGGAGGUGGCGAGAAGCGACAAUAAUGAAAACAAUGAGUCAGAGACACACAAUCUGACAUCUUCCGACAUCACAGUGCCCCUGGCCGACUCCAGACACGAGAGGAGGAGACGGAAACGUGGCAGAAAUGGAGUCGGAAGUGUACAGUGUUCGGCACAGAAUCAAUCAGACAAAAAUCCUCCUCUUCAAUUGCAAACAAAUGCGGAGACUGUGAACGGGACAUGUGGAAAAUUAGGUCCUGACACCCAUGCAAAUCACGAUGAAAGUUCCAAUCAGUUGCGAUAUGUUUAUAGACUAUUUCAGUCCGACUCGCCCAAAGUGAGUGAGAUACGAAUGGCGCUUCCUAGCGUGCGAGCCCUGAUACAAGAUCAGACAUUAUUGACUAGUGACUCACGUGACAUGGUUCGACCAAUCGGUGAUAUCGUUGGUCGACUUCAACGUGCAUGUGAAACACUUUCCCCCGAAGAACCUUUUCCAAUUACUGUGGCGGAACGAAAACUCCUUCGGGGUGCAUUGCAAGCUUCAAAGUUAGUGCGUGCAGAGGACGAACAGUUGAAUCUCAUCGAUGGUCGACAGAAUGGGGACCUCAUGCAUGCAACAGAGCAAUUGGGCUUAACGGAGACACAAGUGAAAAAGGAAGUUGCCUCACUGGUAGACCUACUUCUUGACACAGCAACCGGGAAUGAAAUAGAUAGGGAUAAAUAUGCACAAAUUAAAGAACGCAUAAGUACAAUAAUCAAAGAAGCAGAGGAUCCGAAUUCCACUUUGCUGACUGAAUUGGCCGCGCCACCAACAUUGCUUCAAGAUCUGGAACGAUUUUCCAACCGCAUGGAUAAGGCUUUUACUCAAGCGGAUAAAGUAGAGAUCGAUAUGGAAUCACACAAUGUGAUGGGUGACUUGGUGACACGUUUGAAUCCAUUGAUUUCUUCGUUCGAUUCCCAAUCUCUUGAGUUCGGUCUGCAAACAUUGUACGAUGUGGCAAUCGGACCGGAAGCUUUCCGCACACAUCAGAUCAAACUGGACCAUUUCACUUGUAUGGCUGUGAUGCGAGCGCUUGAGCAGGCUGUGAGAGAUCAUCAAUUAGAUCGGUCCGCUGGUGCCGCCUUGGCCAGAAGCAAUCCGAAAAAUCUGUGGCCUGUCGUCACACAUCUAAUCCACCGAUUAGCCAAUGAUUUAUCCCACGAGAUGUCUGAAAAUCAGACAGACUGCUCCAUCCUCGACCCGAAAGAGGGCAUACUUGUGCAGCAUAUUCUUUUGGGAGCAUUAUCAAAUCACGGUGUUGAACGUUCAGUUGAAGAACAGGAAACAGAUUCGGCAUUCUUCCAGUUUUGCUCUAGGCAACCGGAUACACAGAGCACAUCAGAACGAAACGGUCACUAUGCCGCUCGUUCACCAGAGUUGUUAAGCCCUAUCAGUGAAUUNACCAGCACAUACGAUACAGAGAAUACAAUACCUGAGACAGUUGGUAUUUCUCCUCGAACAAAAACGCAAUCAGUCCCUGUAUCCCCCGGAAGACCAACAGAAAAAACUCAUUUAUCCGAUCAGGUGAGCAGUCCUCAAACUAAAGAUUUGAAAGUCAGUGGGACGAAAGUGAUGGAUGAAAUUGGACCUAUCGAACCCACAUCUACACCUAUUUACCUGACCGGGGACGUUAUGACGGUGGAUAUGUACGGUAAUUCCGUAUUGACCACCCAAAUACAACCUGAUUCUAGCACGGAUGCAGUUCUCAUUGGCCGUUCUGUAGCAAGACAAUUGGCCACAUAUCUGCGAUCCAAACUGUUAGAUAACCUUGCCUCAGGAAAUACCCAAACUCCAAAUCAGGAUUAUUGUGCAUCUCUUGAUCACCUGUCUACAGUGGUUGAUCAGGGCUUGAUGAACCUCACAAAAGAUGACCAUAUUGCCUUACCUGUACAGGAUGUAGCGAUACUUGAAUCCGUGCUGCUUUCUGAUGAUACACCGUACGCGCGAAUCUUGAAACGAUCAUUAGAACCUCAACUGGCCUCCCGAGUCACAAACAACCGGCCCAUAGAAACAGUUCAACAACAGCAACCGAUACAGCAACUGAAUGUGCCAGAUCACUCAGCUGAUAUGAAAAAUUUAGUGGCCAAUAUCACUUCGAAGAUCGGACAAUAUUUGACAGCUGAUGAAGUGAAACAAGUGGCACGGGUGAUCUUACAAUGUCCCCAAACCGAUUCAACCAGUUCUGACGAGUUUGUUCAAAUGGCAAGUGAUUGGUUAGAAUGUCCUCGACCUAUACUGAUCACUGAAGCUAUGGCAAACCGAUUGCAAUACACAUUAAAUGUAGAUUGUCCGGACGUGAGAAUGCUAGCAGAAAGAGCCAGUUCAAAGCAUAAAAGUAAAACUCAGACAAUGAGUACAAUUACGGCCACUACGCCAGCUUUACAAAGCGCAUAUCCGCUGGACAUUCCCAGAUCACACGACCUACAACCAAGUGGCUUGGAGCCUAGUUUGGCACAGAUAACCAAUGCCAGUGAAGUGAUCCAGUCACUCGCAGCCACGAAAGUUGACUGGAGUCGAUGUGAUACGGGCGACAGAGAAGCAAUAGCCGAAUGUGUGCAAGUCUUGCAUGACACUUAUCCCCAGCUGAACUUUCCCGAUUCUGUGGAUGAGAAAAACAUCGCGAAAGUGUGGCCUUUGGUAACAGCAGCGAUUAAGAAUAUUUCAACCGUGACAGAUUAUCCUCAGAGGUUGACCGAAGCGGUAGAAAAUCUAUCACUACACGCACGAGUCGACAAUGCCCAAAUGAAGGAUACCACGGAUGCAGCACGGCUGGCGGAUUCCAUCAAUGCGUGUGUAGUAAAACUGAUCUCCCAGCCAAAUUGCUCGCUUCAACCGGCUCAGUUUACAGCCGCUCUGCAGAUAGCACAGCGUCUCAAUCAAAUGGCACAAAUCAGCGAUGCGUGCGAUCUUCUUCGGCCUUGUGAACAACAAGUAAUUGCCUCGGUCUGUCAUGCGAUAUCUUUGGCCGAGUCACCCAACAUUGAAAUGAAUCCGAGUGCUAGUGACCGUCUUCUACCUGUUGUUCAAGGUCUAUUAAAUGAACUGGUGGUGUCAAGUAGUGUGAAUGCAUCUGGCCAGGUAUGCUUGAUGCCCGGAACAUGUGCUGCGCUGCUAACUUGCUUACCGCAAGAAGCCUCAGACGUAAGCGAUCGACAAGCUGUGGCUCUGAUUAAAUCGCAUCUUUUAAAGAAACUAGUAGAAUGUCCAUCGAACACUGAAACCUACACAGUUGAACAGUGGAGAGACCGAGUUAAGGAGCUUAUUCAUCACAACGCUGGUUCAAGUGUACUACCUUCAGUGGAAUUGAACACAGAACAAGCUAAGAGCUUAAGAGCUGCCUUGUUGAGCAGUUUAGAUUCGCAAAUCUGGAACAGUUUAACGGAAUCUGAACUACAGUCGGAAACAGUUUCCGCUUUUCGGAAACAACAGAACACAACACUGAUGGCUUUAGUCGCUGGUGUGUUAGAUUUCCCGGAAGACACGCCACAAGGCGUGCAAUCACGACGCAAUCACUGCGCUAACCUGAUCGCUCGGACAUUGAGUAAUGUGCAGAAUUCCGAACUGCCGGUGAAUCGAGCUGAUUUAGAACGAUUACAUGAUUUUCUGAGCCAGGAGACGAACCAAGACAUCCAACAGAUGAACGAAUCUGGGAUGACCUCAAUCCGGACGGUGGACACACUGGAAGGGAUUGAGAUAGUAACAAAUAUAUUGAACACUGGAACAAUCCACGACCGGCUUGAAGUGUUCACUCUAUUCUCACAACUGAUGAGCUUGAAGAGAUAUGCGAUUGGAAUAGAGAACAGGCUCAAGCAAAAGUUGAUUCUUUUCAAAAAUAUUUUAGCUUGCUUGCUUGCCUCUAGUUCGGAUGUGUUUCCGUUUCAUUUGGACCCGGUGUUAAAAGCGGAUAUACUCAAAUUUGUACAGCACAUAGCUGAGGCUUGUCACCAAUCCACAGAACACGAGAUUCGCGUCGGAUUGACCUGUCUACAAAACAGCAUGCAACCUAUCACUGGUGAGGAGGAUCGCGUGAAAAGAGCUCCAUUUAUACGCACCAGCACCCCUCUAUCGGAGAACGAUACUGAGAGUGCGACCGAGGGUGUCACUGCAUUGACGAGUUCACAGAAAUCCCAAGUAGCCAAGGCAUUGAUGCUAGCUUUGGCUUGUGCUGAUUCCGUCAAACCGGAACAAGCCAGACCGGCGUCCGAUUUGCUCCUGCGAUUACAAACUACUGACACCUCCCCCGCACUACUCACACAGACCGAGACGGCCAUAGCAACUGAAAUUUUAACCUCAAUGGUCAAGCAAACUGCACCGAAUACGAUUCACAUGCCCUUGAGUGAAGAAAGCCAGUUGGAUGUGGAAAAUGAUUGUUCCACCGUGGCUGAAGUUAGCACUCUCACCACGGAAUCGAUUCUACUGCCGGCAGAUGCACUCCAAUUAAACACGUCAUUAGACUUGGCAUUGAAAAAUGUCCAAGUACAACAAGAAUUGACCUCGAAUGAGAGACGUAGUAUUGCUGCAGUCAAACGGCGACUACUGUUUGCUGCAAUCCGGGGACAGUCGAUCGAUAUUUCUUCAAUGCGACCGUUAAUUCAUCGUAUAAAUGACCUGCUACGCAGUGAGCAAAAGGACACCGAAACGGACACAGUUAUUAGGCGCUUGGAAACACUGGCCAGGCCUGCUGAUUUGGUUUCGUCGGACACUGCUUCGGACGCGGCAAAACAUAUCGACCCGGAAACAUCUGAGCUAUUGCAUCAGUGUUUGCACGAACAACUGCGGGUGAGACCGACCACACUGGCAACCACUCUACCGGUCAUGUCAAUUAUAACUGAACUGGAAGCGGCAAAUGAUACACCAGCUAGUACGGAGUAUUUAAAUGACGAAUUUCCCCAAUCCUAUGCCUCGUUUAGUUUGUCACCGAAUGAACUACGUACUGUGACCGACUUUCUCAAACAUACCAGUUCAUCAGCCGCUGUCAAACUACCAGAGGAAUCUGUUCCCAUCCCGUCAAGCGAACAAAUCACCGCUAUUCUUUUGAUACGCAGUGCUGCAGAUGGUGAACCGAUAUGGCCUUCAGAAUCCCGUUUGCUCCUGUCUGCACUUGAGACGCUUGCUCGUUCAGAUCCAAUGGCCGCGAGAUUUAUUGCAUCCGAAUUAGUCGGUCUGAAAUCAAAUCUACUUUCUAGUGCAGACCUAGAAGAGAGCAUGCAAAAUUUGUACGAGGGGUCUGGAUUCACACCAACCGAAUCGGAAAUUGUUCAAUUAAAAACACUUUGCACCCUCAUUACACCAAAAAUUGAUAAACAAAUUGCUGACCUAAUCCGUAUUGUCCAGGCUGAUGCAACCCAGUCCCGUUCGACUCGUCAACGGAAGCUGGAUCGAGCACUUGUAGACGAAUUGAGCCGCGUAUUUCUACUGCAUUUAUGUAACAAACCGAUUCCCAAACUGCAUGAAUUGGCUCUGAUGAAUCGAGUUGCUUGUGCCCUGUCUUCCGAGUCAAGUGAUGCCGAGAUGUCGGUCCUAGUGGGCGCAAUGUGCUCUAAUCCGAUCCGAUUUUCCGAGAUGUGGUCGAAAACUGCGGAUGCAAUGAAUACGGGUCAGAUUACACGAAGUGUUCCGGCAUUCAUACCAGAUUUGUUGGAACAGGCGCUUAGUCAGGGUGAAUCACAGUUGUCUUUCAGGCCCAGUGGGGCUCUUCUUUUAUCCAAUAUUUUAAAUUUUCUAUCCCUGCUUGAUUUUCAACCCGGAUGUGACCGUUUGGUCCCCAAAUGGAGUUCUCAUUUGAAGCGACUAGCAUUGCAGAUUUUAUACAGUGCUCUUUUGAAACAUUCUGUUCGUUUGGAUGUGCGCAGUCGAGCGCUUCUGUCGAUUGCCUACAAAUACUACCGCUCCACAUUGACUGAUGUGUCCCAGGAUAUGGUGGACGCGGCCGACGAGUCACUGCGUGGCAAGACUGCUCUGCACGAGUUGGACGCACCAAGUCGUGCGAGAGUGGCAGAGUGCCUUUGUGUAGCGCUGGCCAGUCCAAUGCGGUACAAUCUAUCACCUGUCAGGGCUGGUUUUAUUGCCAGUCUUGCCGAAGCUUUACAAACCUCCAGCAGACAGGUCACAUUCGAUGCGGCUGAUAUGCAACUGGUCUGUGAAACUGUGCACAGCUUGAGUGAUUUGGAGAAUAAGGUCCGGGAUUGUCCAAGUGAUACAUUCACUUUGUUAUCGUGUUUGCAAACGAUUGAGCAAUUUUUGGAAUUAUGCGAACAAAGUGGUUCGGAAGGACUAAUUCUGUCUAGGCGAGAUGCGGCUGUUGUGGGAGCUGCAUUGGAAGUGCUUAUGAACGUGGCGAUUGAGGAAGCCCAUUUUGAAUCUUGGGACUCCGAUGAUCCAACAAGCAUUACACAAGAAUGUCGAUCAUCCCUCGGUCUGACUCAGUGCUUCCUCAGUUCGCUGGCUAUCGGUGCCAUUCUUCCAGGGAUCACACAGCAAUCGGCUACUCUGACCCCGUCAGAAAUAUCGUACAUCAAGCAGCUUGUCAACUACUGGAAACCUCGACUGCUUCUCGACGCACAACGUCAACGUACGGCCAGUAUUCGUAAGUUGUCAGUGAGCACUGAGUGUGAUUUAACAGCAGAUAUCACAAAUCAACAGUUAUCAAAUGCAGUACAGCUAACUGUGAUUCACGGCAGGAUUGCCCAACCACAAGAUGCCUGGUUGUGUAUUCAAACACUGGAACAGCUAGUUCGAAGUCCGGCAAACGAUUAUAUCAGCAUUUCGAAUUCGCAACGCGAUGCACUACGUUUGGCAAUGUGUCCGGUUAGGAGUACCGUGUUUUCUUCUGCCCCUUUAUCUGGGCCCCACUCCACGGUCCAUCAGGACGAAAGCAAUGUUCUACCUUGCAUGACCUAUUUACACCGCAUCCUAACCGCUUCGACUACCCCAACUUUCGGUCAUCGCGCACGUUUUUGUGUUCAACCGGCUGAUGUGGCUGCGUUUGCCACCAGUCUUCGAACCUUGUUGGACUGUUUUGUUGGUGAUCUGACUCACAAAGAAGCGUUUGCCGUGCUCCGUAUAAUGGAACAACGUAUGCGCUGCACGGCUGCCAAUUUGGAAGCCUAUUGGAUCACUCAGUCCGAAUCCCGUGCAAUUCGGGAGGUAUUGCACUAUCUGUACAGCAAUACGGGAAACGCUGCAGCAAACCAAUUAUCUCGUUUGCUCGAACGACUGGAACGAUCCACAAUGAGCAUUCAUAAUGGAACAAAGGCGAUUGAACUGGAUGCCCAGGAACAAGCACAACUACUUCAGACGCUUCGAACUUUCAUUAUUCUGGCCCCGGACAGCCUUACUGUUGACUAUGGUGAAGUGAUUGAUCUCAUGGAUUAUCUCAUGUACGCUCGCCCUGCUGCACUCACUGAAGGUCAUCUAUCUCUUCUACGUAAGCUGGUCAGUUCUGAUUUACCUCAUUUGGCUAUUCAAAUUCAACGUAACUCCUCGUCCGGACCACGGUUUACCGCGUUGCGAACAAGUUUGAAUCAUUUGACUGGCCAAAGUCCCACCAGUACUUCGGGUCUAGUUUCCAAUACACUGUGUGUCCAUCCCCGAGAAGCGGCCAGUCUUUUCUGUGUUCUAAACGCUCUGAAUGCCUGCGCCAAAUGUGUUGACCCUUCCUUAAUUCUGAUUCAGUCUGCUUUGUCUCACUGUGUCGCAAACGGACAAAUAUGGACCACGUGGUCCGCAUUGCCUCCGAAUAGUCAACUUCGUGUACGUCAAGCCUUAGGCAAUUGUGUGGACGAUCUCGUCGAACGUCUGUUUGAGACCCAUGUCUCCACGUGGUCAGCCCGGGAAUGGGCCAGUCUGGAACUGGCUAGAGAUAAUAUGCUGAGAUUGCUUGAAAUACAGGACAAUGCUUUGCUGGGUGAAGGUUUGAACAAAUUGCGACUGAUCAGUCUUCUUAUUCCGGGUGAACAGUCAGCAGGGCAAGAAUCGGCAGUUUCACGACCUCUUCAUAUAACCCGAUAUCAGCCGAUUGCUGGGGAAAUGCCUGAAAUUGAGGAACCAGAUCCCGGUAGUUUACUGGACGCUAUUCAAUGCCUUGAAAUGAGUAUAUUGUGUGAUAACGUUUUGUCUACUCCGGAAGACUGUCUGGAAUCUCUGAAGGCUGUGCAUGUAUUACGAACAGCACCAGAAACACUGCAAAUCGGAUCGCAAGAUCAAAUAAUCUUACAGGAUCUAGAAUCUAUCCUGUUUGAUAUGGCUGCACAGUCGGCAAGAAACGGGCCAAUGGGCCGUUCAAUACGCUCGGAAUUGCGUUCCGUAAGGGGACUAUCAUUUACCGCAUUGGAGAAACUGUUGGAACGUAUUCAGACUCAGUGGGCAGUAAAUGAGGCGAAACACCAAGAUAACCGAGGAGAUAACACAGAUGCAGCAAAAUUGUUGCCACAGGAAACAACUGAACAGGACACGUCCAAAGCGCUUUCGUGUGAUUUGCUUGAAUCCGGCCCGCUUUCCACUUCCUCCACUAUGGAGAUUUGUCUACCCAUGGAUGGGGUACAUCGUGCUCUCGGACGAUUUCUCACCUUGUGUAACACUCGAAUCCUGCAACCGGAAGAAAUCACCGAAUUGACCUCGUCUGUCGAUAUGCUAUAUCGUGCAACUAACCAGUUAGGCUCUCGUCUUCGCGGAUACGCACAGUUCAGCCCGGUCGAGCGUAACGUGUUGCGUAAUUUGCAAAUGGCAACAGAACGCAAUCACGGUUACACGCUCAGUCCAGAAUCGGCAGAUAUUUUGCAAGCUCUUGGCCAACGAUUGAGUACACUAGUCUUGCAGGCCAAUCAAGAUUUACUUAGAAGCGGUUUGGAGCUAUGGCUUACUGCAUCAGUGGAUGGUCGGUUUGUGUUUGACGAUCGAGAGACCCAGCAGCUACACUCGGCUCUUUGUCUGGCUCGGGACACACUUCGCAAAGACAAAAUGCGAGCAGCAUCGGAAGAGGCUUUGGGCAUUGUAGACAAGGUCAUUGAACAAUUCUCCUCCACAGUGGAUUCGGGAAUUGGCACAGAAAUUACCGGACCAUACUGUCUGGGACCGGCUGUGACAGAAGUACUCGAAGGAGCUCAACGAGCUCAUGAGCUGUUGAGUGUGCCCGGAUCCACUGUGAGCGGCGCUCCAUCAACUAGUUCCGACUGGUGUGUGAAUCACCAACAUUAUCGGACCGAUGGAUUUCAUCGACAGGAGCGAGUAACCACCGGGCCGGAAUCGAAUGCGACGGAUGAGGAUGGCGUUUCUGAUCAGUUAGAUACGGAUGUGACAAAACCGAUUGCACAAUUUGCUUGCCCCAUCGCAGAGACUGAACCCGAACUGUCCAGAGCAUUUACAUCCGAUGGCAAUAUAUCAACCGUUACGGAAAAUUUAUCUGGUCGAGAAUUAGCAGAAAAUGAAAGAAAAGUCGAUGACAAAGGUAAAACGAGACGCCACACUAUUGAUCACACGUUGGACAGCUCAUUGCUUAGCGAUAGCCAAAAGCCGUACAUUUGCUCACCUGCACUUCUUGCUUCUGUGGCAGAGGAACAGAAGAGACUGAAAACCUGGGAAAAACUGAUCGAGGCUCGUUUAAGUCAUGCGUGUAAGCGUGUGGAAAGUUUGCUCGCCUCAUUACCCCAGACGGGACAGGAAUCCAACGCGAGUGCUGAUGUUUCACUAGCUGAAAAAAACGAAGAGAUUAAUCAAUUACGGAAUGAGGUGCUUGCGUUGAAACAACAAUUGGCACAGAUUGUCAGUCAACUGGAGUCUACCGAACGAAUACAGCGUAGGCAAGUACAAUUCGCGUCUUCCAUGCGUGAACUGAUGGAUACCCAGCGUCAAUUGCGCUCCCAACUGCUGUCUGAAAGAGCAGGUCUCUUCAGUGCAGAUACGUCGCAACGUGAUGCUGUCAACAGAGAACCAGAUAGUGCACGCUUGGCUCGCCUUUAUCGAAGCUCGGAUUGUCUGAAAGAGCUCACCUCGGGCAACACUGCCAGUGUAAUUCAUCCGCAUCAUUCCCAAGUGGUCUUGUAUAAGCCAAUUGAGUCUGAAAUUUUGGAUUUGUCCCUGCCUCCUAGAUCACAACAUCGCUUCUCCUCGUUGGACCGACUGCACGAAUUGAUCGAGAUUCGGCGUGCUGUUGUAGCCGGCUCCCGAGAAGAGCUCUGUCGCCUUGGUGUAUACUCCAGUUUACCCUUGCGCCUUGGAAGAAUACCACCGUUUCAACGACCUCUCAUUCCCAGCGCGACCGAUGGAGAUGGCAAGCUAUGUGCUCGGGAAACGCCAUCUGGAUCGCGGUUACUCCAUCGGUUAAUGGAGCGACAGAGAAAUUAUACAAAGCAUUUAUUGGGCAGAGCAUCCUAUGAACAGGAUCAGAGUAGUCGAGUCCUGGAUGCAUUGGAAGAACGAUUGACCAAUCUGGAGCAGCAAGUAACCUCUGGAGAUCCAACAUAUCCGGCAGAACCGAGGGAGUCUACUAGCUGA